AUGGUGCUUAGGUGUGCCCUGUUUGGAGAAUAUGUAGAUCAAUUAAAUCAUUUUCUUUCUUCUAGUUAUGUUGAACAACUAGUAGUAUUUCUUCAACUUGCCAAAGUUAAGCUUUUUCGAGGGCAACAUGGGUUGCAAAAUGUCAUAAAAGUAACAAAAAUAUAUUUUAAUCCUGACUUGACAGAGGUUGUUGAUUUCAGGAAGAGCGUAGUAGAGCUAAGGAUAAAUGGGACCCAGCCGCUGUUCAUUGCUAAUGAAGAAAAAACUAUCUCAUUAGAGGAUGACUUCAUGAGGUUGAUUAAGAAAUCUACAAUAGAUGAGUUGCAAGAAAACAAGGAGGAUGGAACCUUUGUCAUUCUAAAUACUAUCACUGAUGUCAUAGAAGAGGGGUGUUGGUGGUAUUUUACCUGUGUUUGUGGGAAGACAGUACAUCCUGAGUUUGGUGUUUACUUUUGUGAUAUGUGCAUGCAUCAUGUGACAAAUAUGAUCCCAAAAUUUUUGUCAUGUGACAUUCUUGUUUUUUUCAUUUACUCUGUGGUUUUUAUUUAUGACUAAUCUGGUCUUUUAAUGUGU